AUGGCUGCACUGGCGUUAAAAGUUAAAAAUAAAGAUGGUCAGCAUAUUUUAAAAGAUUUGACCUCUGAAAGUACAGUAGGCGAAUUAAAAAUAUUUCUCUCUAGUCUAUCGGACGUGAGCAUUGAAAGAAUUUACGUUUUAUGUGGUUAUCCACCCAAGCCGCUUGAUAUUAGCAAUGAUAACCAAACUUUAAGUGAUAUUGGUUUAAAGACUGGUGAAACUUUGAUUUUGGAAGAAAAAACUGGUCUUCAAGAAACAACGCCAAAGCCCCAACCACAAAAACCCGUGGAGAAUGGCGUGGCUUCCCAUGAAACUAUAGGGCCGUGUAGACCUGGUAUUUUAAUGAAAAAAGUAGUCCCUCCUGAUAACUCAUGUUUAUUUACUAGCAUAGGUUUUGUAUUGAAUGGCAAUGUGGAUACCACUGUACAUACGUUGAUGCGGCAAAUCAUUGCAAUGGAGGUGGCCAGUGACCAUGAGACUUAUAGUGAAGCCAUGCUUGGAAAACCAAAUGCUGAAUAUUGCACUUGGAUUCAACAGCCAAGCUCUUGGGGUGGUGCCAUAGAGGUGGCAAUACUAUCCCGCUUUUACGGUAUAGAAAUGGCUGUUGUGGAUACUUUAAAUGCAAUAAUUAAUAGGUUCGGUGAAGAUAAGAAUUAUGGACAAAGAGUGUUUUUGCUCUUUGAUGGAGUGCACUAUGAUCCUUUGUACCUGGAACAGUCUGAUGGCGGCGUGCAAACAAUAUUCCCAUCGGAGGACAUGGCGAUAUACAAGGAGGCGGAACAGUUGGCGCACGAAGCGAAAUCAUCCCGUCAGUUCACGGACCUGAACAAGUUCACCCUGAAGUGCAUGGUCUGCAGCAAGCUGCUGACAGGCCAAGCGGAGGCGCAGAAGCACGCCAAAGAGACUAUGCAUACCAACUUCGGAGAAGUC